AUUUAAUUCCCUCCAAUCUCCUCAAUUCCACUGUCUCUUCGCCUUCCUCUUCUUCUUCGAUCUUCUGUCGUCAAUCUUCAACUCCCUCCCAACAGUCAAAAAGUCAAAGCCCAAACCACCGUCCGAUGACCACCUACGGCACGAUUCCGACCUCCUCGUCGUCCUCCCAAGGCCCCUCCGGCGAGUACAUCUCACGCGCCAAGGACCGCAUCAGGGCCGGCCUCGGAGCCCGCCGGCCAUGGAAGCUGAUGUUCAACUUCCGGUCCUUCAACUUCCCCUCCUCCUUCUCCGACGCCUUCGGGCAGGUCCGAUCGAACGUCGCCUACUUCCGGAUGAACUAUGCCAUCGUGGUGCUCCUGAUCCUGUUCCUCAGCCUGCUCUGGCACCCGAUCUCGCUCAUCGUCUUCGUCGUCAUGAUGGCCGCCUGGCUCUUCCUCUACUUCCUCCGCGACGAGCCGCUGGUGUUGUUCGGAAAAACGGUAGACGACCGCGUCGUUUUGAUCGUGCUGGCGGUGGUGACGAUCGUGCUGCUGUUCUUGACCCACGCGACGGUGAAUAUUCUGGUGGCGCUGCUGAUUGGGGUUGUGUUGGUGAUUGCGCACGCGGCGUUGAGGAAGACGGAUGACUUGCCGGUGGACGAAGAGAACUCUGCGUUGUUGACUACGCCUGCAACUUCCUCUGCUUAAGAUGCACUGCUCCAGAAACGGAUCAAGUACAACUUGCAGGAUCCCGUUCUGCGUCUUUCUUUCAUUACGUGGAGGGUUGUAAAAAAUCUGCGGAUCUUCUGAUUCCGGAGUCAUAUAUAUUUCAAGUGGAGUCGUUGUUAUGUUGACUCGUGUCAUUUGAUAAUUUUUCUUCAGGAAUGUUCUCCGGUGGGGAAAGAAUACCGGUUCGGCUAAAACUAAAGCGUGCUGGUUCAGCAGUUUAUAACAGAGCAUCUUCACUGGAAGCAUUGGUUGGUUAUCUUUAUCUGACAAAUAUCGAACGUUUAGAAGAAGUCAUGGUGAAGUUGGGAUUCUCAACUGAUUCUUCUGAGCAGUUAAUUUGAGAGGAGCCUGAGGAGGUAAACGGUACGUCAACACAAGCCGUUUCGUGCAUUCAUGCAGCAAGCAUCCUAGUGAAUGAAGUGUUGCUUCUAUAUAAUGGUGGGAGGAGAUUUGAAUCUUUGAGUGUGGGUAAUAGGGGAGGUGCGGGUGGCGUUGCUGGGUGAUUGGGGUAGGGGUGAAGGCCAUUGAGUGUUUUUGGGUUUGCGGAGCACAGGGUGGAUGUUUGAGGUGACUUUGGUCGGGUUUCUUGUUUGUUUUCCUUCUUUUUCUUUCUAAAUCCAUUUUAUAUGCUGGAUAAAACAGAGAUUUCAAAGUAAAAAAAUAAAUAAAUAAGUUCGGUUUAGAAGAGAAAA